CCGGCGUCACCGCCCCCGUGACGGGCGCGCAGUCGGCGGCGGCCAUGGCUCCGAGCGCGCAGGCGGGGGGCGGCCGCGGGCAGGCCCCGGGCCCGGGGCUGCGGCAGGGCAUCCGCGCCGUCCUGCUGGGGCCGCCCGGCGCCGGCAAGGGCACGCAGGCCCCGAAGCUGGCUGAGACCUACUGCGUCUGCCACCUGGCCACCGGGGACAUGCUGCGGGCCAUGGUGGCCUCCGGCUCCGACCUGGGCAAGCGGCUCAAAGAGACGAUGGAUGCGGGGAAGCUGGUGAGUGAUGAGAUGGUGGUGGAGCUGAUUGAGAACAACCUUGACUCCGCUCCCUGCAAGAACGGCUUCCUCCUGGACGGCUUCCCACGCACGGUGAAGCAGGCUGAAAUGCUGGAUGAGCUCCUGGAGAAGAGGAGAGAAAAGCUGGACUCCGUCAUUGAGUUCAGCAUCCCUGACUCCUUGCUGAUCCGGAGAAUCACUGGACGGCUGAUUCACCCAGCGAGUGGCCGCUCUUAUCAUGAGGAGUUCAGACCCCCGAAAGAGCACAUGAAGGACGAUGUCACUGGAGAGCCCCUGAUCCGUCGUUCGGAUGAUAAUGAAACAGCCUUGAAAACCCGCCUGAAGGCCUAUCACACGCAGACCUCUCCCCUGGUCUCCUACUACAGCAAGCGAGGGAUCCAUACGGCGGUGGAUGCCUCCCAGUCUCCCGAUGUGGUGUUUGCUAGCAUCCUGGCAGCCUUCUCGAGAGCAACAUCUGAGUGACUCCGUGAACCAGAUGCGACACCACCAAACGCUGCACACUCUGCUACAUCACCCAUUGCAGCCCUCCCCUGGGUGGAGGGGGAGGCAGGGAGGGCAGCUGGGGAGGGGUUAUGAUUGAUGGGAGGGGGAAAAGGAGGUGGUAGACAAGGGAUUUGGGGGCUAAUUUGGUUGGGUUUUGUUUAGAGUUUUUAUUCAGCGGAAUCAUUGUGAAGAGGAGAUGGCCUUAUCCUGAGAAAUCACUGUUUGGGGAGGCAAAACAAUUUUUGUACAGGGUAAAACAUCUCCGCCAGUGAUCAGAUGCAGGUACUUGAGCUGUUAGGAGUGUAGGGCUAGAUGCUGUGCCAGGUUUCUCCAGGACUUUCAGGGCUUGUCUCAUGGGCUGUUAGUACUCUAAGGCCACUGCAAGGUUUGCUGUGAUUUUUUUGAAAGUUGCUUCCUGUCAGCGAGGACCAAACUGAACAAAUGACUCGUCAUUUCUGAAAGGAAAAAAAAAAAAAUGCCAUGGCCUUUUCCUGGAAGUUUUGGUUUUCUUGUUCUGCUGCAGUCCUAAACCCUGGCAUAAAGACUUCUCAAGGUUUCUCUCCUGCUGCACAGAGGGGCUGCGGCUCUAGUCCAAGCCUGCCUUACUUGGCAAUGGGGUGGCUUCUCUGUGGUCUUGACCAAGCUGGAAUUCACACAAUGCUGAAGAAAUGCAAAAGAGACGUUCUUAAUUGACUGCAAAAAAUAACACUUAAUUGGUUUUUUGCAUUUCUUUUUAGAUCAAAUGGUGCCUUGUCUAACCUCUGAAUCAAUAAUAAAAUAACCCCUUUACAUUUUU